CUCAGCCCAGAGUGGUCAAGGUUAAAGUUGUUUCUUACAUGUGAUGCCAUUCCAGCCCUGGACUCAUGGAGGCUGAACAUUUAUUCAGGAAUCCAUAGAGACUACUGUAUUCUUUUGAAGAACAUGUCUAACAGUAACACUACUCAAGAGACUCUGGAAAUAAUGAAAGAGUCAGAAAAAAAGCUGGUGGAAGAAUCUGUAAACAAAAGCAAAUUUACAUCCAAGACUCCAAGUAAGGAAGAAGUUGAGAAAGAAGGUGAAGAUAACAGUUUGCGUCAGGAGACACAGAGACGGACAUCCAGCCAUAGUCAUGCCAGGAAAAGAGCCAAGUCUAAUUCCAAGCUGAAGUUGGUGCGCAGUCUGGCAGUAUGUGAGGAGUCCUCCACCCCCUUUGUUGAUGGGCCACUAGAAACCCAGGAUAUAAUCCAACUGCAUAUCAGCUGUCCCUCUGACAAGGAGGAAGAAAAGUCUACAAAGGAUGUCUCUGAAAAGGAAGAAAAGGACAAAAGCAAGGAAAAGGUUCCAAGGAAGAUGCUGUCCAGAGACUCCAGCCAAGAAUAUACGGACUCCACUGGAAUUGACCUACAUGAAUUUCUUGUAAAUACACUGAAAAAGAACCCAAGGGACAGAAUGAUGCUGCUAAAAUUAGAACAGGAGAUUCUGGAAUUUAUUAAUGACAACAAUAACCAGUUCAAGAAGUUCCCUCAGAUGACCUCAUAUCACCGGAUGCUAUUACACCGGGUAGCUGCCUAUUUUGGGAUGGACCACAAUGUUGAUCAAACUGGGAAAGCUGUCAUCAUCAACAAAACCAGCAAUACAAGAAUCCCUGAGCAGAGAUUCUCAGAACAUAUAAAGGAUGAGAAGAAUACAGAAUUUCAACAGAGAUUCAUUCUCAAGAGAGACGAUGCCAGUAUGGACCGAGAUGAUAACCAGAUCAGAGUUCCAUUGCAGGAUGGAAGGAGGAGCAAGUCAAUAGAAGAGAGAGAGGAGGAAUAUCAAAGGGUCCGAGAGAGAAUAUUUGCCCGAGAGACUGGCCAGAACGGAUAUCUAAAUGACAUCAGACUCUCCAAAGAAGCCUUUUCUUCUAGCUCUCACAAGAGAAGGCAGAUUUUUAGGGGGAACCGCGAAGGGCUGAGCCGCACCUCAAGCAGCCGCCAGAGUAGCACAGACAGCGAACUCAAAUCCCUGGAGCCACGGCCUUGGAGCAGCACAGACUCGGAUGGCUCUGUCCGAAGCAUGCGACCCCCUGUCACCAAAGCCAGCAGCUUCAGCGGAAUCUCUAUACUCACCCGAGGUGACAGCAUUGGCAGCAGUAAAGGUGGCAGUUCAGGAAGAAUCUCCAGGCCAGGUAUGGCACUAGGUGCCCCAGAAGUAUGCAACCAGGUCACCUCACCCCAGUCUGUCCGGGGCGUUCUCCCUUGUACUGCCCAGCAGCAACAGCAGCAGCAGCAACUUCCUGCUCUCCCACCCACUCCUCAACAACAGCCACCCUUGAAUAAUCACAUGAUCUCACAGGUGAGUCACUACUCAGUGUCAGAGUCCCCUCUGCUCUGAUUUAAGAAAGUUCUGGAAAUAUAGUCAUGUCUAUUGUGCUGUGGGUGGCAGAAAGGAUCAGUUCUUGGAAAUAAACCACCUCCAUAUCUCAUUUGUUAAUUGUGGGGAGAGAGGAAUAAGGGCAAAUGUUUGGCCAUUGUACUCUUAGUAGAGUUAGCCCAUAUUCCAAUUGACCUGAGAAUUGUCAGUGGGAUCUUUCACCCCAUACUGUAUUAGCAAGGUGAUUUUGCUCACUAUAUUUACAAUCAGAAUGUGAAAAGAGCUUAGGUCUCACCAUAGUCUGACUGAAUAUGUUGACCCAUAAACACAUAUUUAUUUGUUGGGGUUUGGAGAAGAAAUAACACUGAAGAUCCUACAGUAUGUACUGUCACAAGACAUAAAGGCCAGCUAGACAUGGUGGUGCAAUCCUGUAAUCCCAGCAUUCAAGAGGAUGAGGCAGGCGGAUCAAGAGUUUGAAGCCUACCUGGCUACAUAAUGAAAUCCUGUCUUUAAAUAAAUAAAUAACAUAGAGACCCUGUUUUAUAUGCCAUAAAGGGAUAUAUUGUUCUGUUGCUGGACUGCUAGAUGUUGUCACAAAUUAGGGUUUAAGGAAUGUUUGUUUUGCUUCUAUGUAGACCAUGCAAGUCAUCAGCCUAAAAGUCAAGUCUUUGGAUUCUCAGUGUUCUAGGUUUCAAAGCCAUUGUAAUACUCCAAGCAGAGCUGUUCUAAGAUAUUCACUUAUUCUCUUCUUCCAUGAACAGAUCUCUUUGUGAGCAGAGCCCCAAGUUUUAUCCUGACAUAUUCUCUGGUAGUCAGAAGCCUAUAUUUCUGUACUCUUUUCUGCUACAGUUUAGGUUCUCUUUUUCACCUGCCAUUCUCCCACAUUCCCCUUCUCAGUUAGUCUAGCAUGGCCUUAGACAUAUUGUUUCUGUAUAUACAAGAAGCCAGGUUCUAAGCACUAAUACCCCAGAAACUGUAAACUCAAGUGUAA